CCGAGAGGCGGGCCCCGGAUUUCCGGUUUCGGGGGCAACGAACGGCCGCGGCGGCGACAGCUACCGUUUCAGAGGAAGCGGCUGUAGAGGAGGAAGAAGAAGACCCCAGCAAGGCGGGAGUCACAGGCGGGACCCUCGUCAUGGGUCCACGGACCUAGAACAGAGGAAGCUACCGGCCCGGUGCCGAGCUGGCCACUGCUCCUUCCUUUGGCCCCCAUGGCUGAGGAGUGGCUGGACUGCCCAGCCCUGGGCCCCGGCUGGAAGCGCCGUGAGGUUUUUCGCAAGUCAGGUGCCACCUGCGGACGCUCAGACACCUAUUACCAGAGCCCCACAGGAGAUAGGAUCCGAAGCAAAGUUGAACUGACCCGAUACCUGGGCCCUUCGUGCGACCUCUCCCUCUUCGACUUCAAGCAAGGCAUCCUGUGCUAUCCAGCCCCCAAGGCCCAUUCCUUGGCUCUCCCUAGCAGAAAGCGGAAGAAGCCUUCAAAGCCAGUCAAAGCUCGAAAAUGUCAGGUUGGAUCCCAGAGGGCUGAGGUCAGGAAGGAGGCCCCAGGGGAUGAGACCAAGGCUGGUGCUGACACAGUCCCAGCUUCGCUCCCUGCGCCUGGAUAUUGUGAGAACUGUGGAAUCAGCUUCUCAGGGGAUGGUACCCGAAGGCAGCGGCUCAAGACAUUGUGCAAGGACUGCCGAGCGCAGAGAAUUGCUUUCAAUCGGGAGCAGAGGAUGUUUAAGCGUGUGGGCUGCGGGGAGUGUGCAGCCUGCCAGGUGACCGAGGACUGCGGGGCCUGCUCUACCUGCCUUCUGCAGCUGCCCCAUGAUGUGGCCUCGGGGCUGUUCUGCAAGUGUGAGCGGAGACGAUGCCUCCGGAUUGUGGAAAAGAGCCGAGGGUGUGGAGUAUGCCGGGGCUGUCAGACCCGAGAGGACUGUGGACGUUGCCGAGUCUGCCUUCGCCCUCCCCGCCCUGGUCUCAGGCGCCAGUGGAGGUGCGUCCAGAGGCGCUGUCUACGGCACCUUGCCCACCGCCUCCGUCGCCACCAUCAGCGAUGUCAACGACGCCCUCCCUUAGCUGUGGCUCCCCCUGCUGGUAAACGUGGCCGUCUCAGGGGAGGCUGUGACUCCAAGAUGGCUGCCCGGCGGCGUCCCCGAACCCAGCCACUGCCUCCGCUUCCUCCAUCACAGCCUCCAGAGUCCCCAGAGCUGCACCCCAGAUCUCUCAUCCCCUCGCCACCUGCCGAAUUCAUCUAUUACUGUGUAGACGAGGACGAGCUACAGCCUUACACAAAUCGCCGGCAAAAUCGCAAGUGUGGGGCCUGUGCAGCUUGCCUGCGGCGGAUGGACUGUGGCCACUGCGACUUCUGCUGUGACAAGCCCAAAUUCGGGGGCAGCAACCAGAAGCGCCAGAAGUGUCGUUGGCGCCAAUGCCUGCAGUUUGCCAUGAAGCGCCUGCUGCCAAGUGUCUGGGCAGGGUCUGAGGAUGGGGCAGAGCCACCCCCACCUUACCCUCGUCGAAAGAGGCCUGGUUCUACUCGACGGCCCCGUCUUGGCCAUACCCUGAAGCCCCCCUUGGCCACGCCCAGAGCCCGAUCUGAUCAUGCCCAUACUCCAAUGAAGCAGGAAGCAGGCUUUGUGUUGCCCCCACCUGGCACUGACCUUGUGUUCUUACGGGAGGGUGCAAGCAGUCCUGUGCAGGUGCCUGGCCCUGCCUCAACUUCCACAGAAGUCCUUUUGCAGGUGAGGGCCCCACCUUAUUCUCUUCUUCCCAAGCCUACCCAGCCUUGUACCAGGAAGCUGGGACCAAGUCUACUGCAAUCCUCCUUCACACAGGAGGCCCAGUGCCCUGGCCUGAGUUGGGUUGUGGCCUUACCCCAGGUGAAGCAAGAGAAGGCGGAUGCCCAGGAAGACUGGACACCGGGCACAGCCAUCCUGACUUCUCCUGUAUUGCUGCCUGGCUGCCCCAGCAAGGUAGUAGGCCCAGGCCUGCCACUUGUAAAGCAAGAGCCACUUGACCCUGAGGAGGACAAAGAGGAGAAGAGCAAGGAUGACUCAGCCUCUGAUUCGGCCCCAGAAGAGGAGGCAGCAGGGGCUGGCACACCAGUGAUCACCGAGAUUUUCAGCCUGGGUGGAACCCGCCUCCGGGACACAGCAGUCUGGUUGCCAAGUCUGCAGGGCAGGCAAUCGAGGAAGGAAGGUGGACGUAAAGCGUGGGAGACGGAGGACACAUUGGCGCCCACAAGCACACGAUGGAACCGCCGAGGAUGGCCCAGAACCCACGUCAGUCUCUCAUCACGUCCAGCUUCGAUGAUGUUGGUGUCCUGCAGAAGAAGCUGGUGCCCUUCACCACAGAGUUAAAUACGCAUCUGGCCUAGGAAUUAGAGAAGCUGAGGGAAGAUCCUGGGGAAGAUGGAGCAACUGCAAGCCUGGCUGCUGCCCCACACCAAGGAGGCGAGCCAGCAGAUAAAUGACAGCGUGUGUGAACUGCAACAGUACCUGGUGCCCCUGUAUCAACCUUUCAAGUGUAAAAACAAUAUGCUGCUGCUUCACUUCUGUCCUCCAGUUAUCAUGUAAAAUGUUUCUUGUGGCCCAUCUUAACCAGAAGCAUGGGAAGGGAGUCCUGGGAAACAAGACUAGUCAAGGUGUCACAUUACAAAGCCAGCCAUGAAUCAGCUCCCAAGGGUCUCGCUACUCACCCGAGGAUACCUUGAUAAACCUACAUUGCAGGAAAUGCAAAGCUGAAGACCAUGGAUUUCAUGGUGACUCCAGCAAGUACAGAAAUUCUGUCAAGCCCACCCAGUAAAAAUGCUGGUCUUGGCUCUUUUUGUUUUUCAUUCAAGUAUUGAGAACCUGGCCCAUGGUAGGCACUGAACUUAAUACUGGGAUACAGCAAUGAGAAAGAUAUAGUCCAUGCAAUUUUAUUAAAUACAUCAAUCUGUAUUACCAAUGGUGAAUCGAUAUCCAACUUUAUCAUGGAGUUUAAUGGUGAAAAUAUAGAAUUCAGGAAACUAUCUGGAGGACAGCCCUUGUGUGAACCUUGUUGGGCACAAUAGGAAUUGGAAAUAAUAUAAAUAGUUUCUGUCUCUAAGCUGUUCUAUUUUAAAAUUAUUUUUAAAUGA